UUCUUCCUUCUUUUUUCCCCUCUCUCAUUUGCAACUCUGACCGACGAGCGAACACUGAAAACUAUCAGUUCGCGUGGGCUGCUGCCACCUGCUUUUGCAAGGAAGAGGCAACGCCGGCCAAUUCCACAUAUCAUUGCGUGCUGCAUGGCGAAGCUCCCGCGUGCCACAGGGAGGGCUGCAAUGGCGGCCGCUUAUUCUAUAGACGACGAAGCAUCCGCCAACGCCGUCAUCACCGCCGCGUGCUGAGUCGCAGCAUUCCCGUCGCCAUCGUGCUGUGUCGCAGCAUACACUCGUCGCCGCCGCGCCGGUGAAGCUUCGCCGAGCCAUGAGGUGCUGCAAUUUCGACGGCGGAAGCCAGUGCCGCGAUGGAGCACCAAUCUGCGGUGGUGCCGUUGCAGUGAAGCUCCGCCGGCGGCGCUGUCGCUGUGCUACAAUGGAGCCCGCCGCCCGGUGAUGGCGCUGUGCAGUGAAGCCUCGCUGAGCCACGGGGUGCUGCGAUGGAGUUUGGACGGGGCCAGCCGGUGCCUCAGAGCAUCUUCAACAGGUGCGGCAAAAGGCGCGCCCGUGCGGUAAAAUUUGGUUUUAGCAUACGUCGGUUGGUUCCGCGCGCUCCAGCGGUGACGGGAACUUACCGCGCGCGGGGGAGAAAGCGGCACGCGGCGCGAUAGAUUUGGUGCGUCUAUAAAAUGCCGCGCUCGCCACGCGCACAGACACAGCCACACGCCCUCUCCUCGCAACCUCGCCGCUUCGCCACCUCGCCGCUUGGCCGCUUUCCGCGCCACCACCGCGCCACCAUGCCGCCGCGCCGCUGGUGUUCUUCGGGCCACCGCGGCGUCCGCGAGCGCCCCAACGGCUGGUACUCCGCCGAGAUCCGAUCCGGCGACGUCCGGCUCGGCUUCGGGUCGUUCCGGAGCGCGUACGAGGCGGCCCGCGCGUACCACGCGGCGGCGUGGCGCUUGGAUAGGCCCCGGUCGCAGAUGAACUUCCGGGACGUCUUCACGCGCGAGCAUGCACAACGCGUCGCCCCUCCGCCGCGUCUCAUCACCGACAUGGACCGUGCCGACCACGCUCGGCGCUGCCGCCGCCUCCUCAUCGCCAAGGAGGACGAGCGAGCCAUGGCGAAGUGGCGCCGUCGCCACCCGGAGGACGUCGCCGACGAGCGUGCCUACUAGGCGGAGAGGACGGCAAGGCGCCGCGAGGAGCGGGCGGACCGGCGUCGGCGGAAGGCAUUGGCGAAUGCGCAGUGCGAUAUCGUUGAAGCAGGUGGGAGGUCGAUCUUCACGUCAGACGAUGAACGUUGGGACGACAUAUGGCUCGAUACCUCGGACAACACCGACGAGGAUGGUGAUGAUGGUAGCGACUUGGAGUAGUUUCUAUCUAUGUAUGCCGUAGUAGUUUCUAUCUAGUUGCACCGUAGUUUUAUCUAUCUAUGCUUUCAAACUAUCUAUCUAGUUGCACCGAUGUAAAAUACCUUUGUAUCAUUUUUUAUCUAUGCAAUUUAUCGUUUUUUAUUAUCUUAA